CGUCUGACCAGCGGCAAUGGCAGUGACACCGAUCUUGUCGCAUUGCUAGCUUUCAAAGCCCAGCUCGUCGACCCUCUCCGCAUCCUUGCCAGCAACUGGACCACUGGCACUCCAUUCUGCCGUUGGGUCGGCAUCUCGUGCAGCCGAGAUAGGCAACGUGUCACUGCUCUAUCGUUGCCGCAUGCACCUCUUGUUGGAUCUGUGGCACCUCAUGUCGGUAACCUCUCUUUCCUUUCUGUUCUCAACCUCACUCUCACCAACCUCACAGGCCCCAUUCCACCACUAAUAGAAAAAGGCCCUCUUGCACCCGAACUUGGGAGGCUACAUCGUCUUACAUAUCUUGGUCUUGCAAGAAAUAGCCUGUCAAACACCAUACCUACUACCCUAGGGAACCUCACAAGGCUCAACAAUGAUCUGAGUGCCCAAAUACCACCACAUUUGUUCAACAACACGUCUUUCUUGAAGGUUGUUGCACGAUUAUGCAUGCUUGAGAUAUUGGAUAUAGAGCGUAAUCAACUCUCUGGCCUUGUACCACAAGCCAUAUACAACAUGUCCAGGCUACAAAUCAUGGCAUUUGCAUACAACGGUUAUAACAAAUUAACAGGUGGAAUUCCUACAACAAUUUCAAACAUUAGCAGCCUUGAACGUAUAGAUCUUCGUGACAACCUAUUCACUGAGCCGUUUCCUGAUUCCAUCGCUAUGUUAGAGAAUCUUGUAGAUCUUGAUCUCUCACACAAUAACAUGUUAGGCCCUAUCUCAGCACAAAUGGGUAUGCUUAGGAGUCUAGGACAGUUACUUCUUGAAGCAAACAAAUUCUCUGGAUCCAUACCAAGCAGCUUUGGUAAUCUUAGUUUCUUACAAAACAUCAACUUGUCUAAUAACAAGUUGGGGUCAACGAUACCCCUGAGCCUUUUCCGCCUAAAUAAACUUAUCACAUUGGAUGUUUCUCACAAUUCCAUUGCUGGUGCACUACCAGAUGAUGUUUCUGGUCUAAGACAAAUUGAUCUCUCUUCCAACUUCUUGGGAUCCGGAAGCUUUGGGAAAGUCUUCAUGGGAAGAAUGAGCAGUGGUUUGGAGGUUGCGAUAAAAGUUCUUGACAUGCAGCUCGAGCAGGCCAUUCGAAGUUCUGAUGUUGAGUGUCGAGUACUUCGCAUGGCGCGGCACCGCAACCUGAUCAAGAUACUCAACACGUGCUCUAACCUUGACUUUAGAGCACUGGUGCUUCAAUACAUGCCAAAUGGAAGCUUAGAGACACUCCUACACCGGUCUGAGGGUACACGGCACGUGGGGUUCCUAGAGAGACUGGACAUCAUGCUCGAUGUGUCAAUGGCAGUUGAGUACCUGCACCAUGAUCACUAUGAGCUGAUCUUGCACUGUGACUUGAAGCCUAGCAAUGUGUUGUUUGAUGAAGAGAUGACUGCACAUGUGGCAGACUUCGGCAUUGCAAGGUGGCUUCUUGGUGAUGACAACUCUAUGAUAUGUACGAGCAUGCCCGGAACGGUUGGAUACAUGGCACCAGAGUACGGUUCACUCGGAAAAGCAUCACGGAAGAGCGACGUGAUUAGUUACGGGAUUAUGCUUCUUGAAGUCUUCACUAGAAGAAAGCCAACUGACGCCAUGUUUGAUGCACAGCUAACCUUUAGGCAAUGGGUUUGUCAGGCAUUUCCCGCGGAGCUUGUCCAAGUCAUCGAUGGUCAGCUACUGCAAGGCUCCCCUCUUUAUAGCUGCAGUUUGGAAAAUGGCUCUCUUGCAUCUCUGCUCGAGUUGGGUUUGGUCUGUUGCAGCGACUCGCCUGACCAAAGAACGACGAUGCGUGAUGUGGUCGUGACGUUGAAGAAGAUCAAAGCCGAAUACAUCAAACAGACAGCAACAACAUCACGUAGUGCAACACAAUGA